AUGCCAAAUAAUUGUCCAUUUCCAGUUUAUUUUCGUGAUCGAUAUCCUGCCGAUCUAUUCCGUGUCCAUCAGCGUUUAACACGGCCUAAUUGUUCACAGCAUGUCUUUACAGAUUAUUAUUAUAUCAUUAUUAAUUGUAUAAUCCCGUAUACAUCGAUACUCAGCUUUCUCACUGGUAUCCCAUUGAUUGUCCUGCUCAAAUUGAAAGUGAAAGCAACAAAUUAUUAUUUGCACUACUGGGGUAUAUUCAUCCUAUUCAGUCAUAUCACCUAUUUCAUUAUCACAGCAUGUCAAUGGUUAUAUUACCAGAUCAAUUCGAAAUCACUGACCAUUUCAUCCGAUUGGAUGUGUAAGCUGAUGAGUUCCGCGUUCCGUUUCAUCACCUACAUACAAUUUAAUUCGACAAUCUUAAUUAUUAGUCGUGAACUCCUCGUGUACAAUAGACGACUACGUCGAUGGAGUCGUGAAUUCAUUCUGAUGUAUAGUACACCGUCGAGGUGGAUAUUUUGGUUGAUGCUUAGUCUAAGCAUUCUCCUAUCGAUUCUCCAGACAUUACCAACUUAUUUCAUUAGUCAGUUGAAGUGUGACAAUAACAAGCGUCCUACGAAUAAUACUAAUUGGACAGCGACAACGGAGAGUGAUGUCGUUCUCCACUGUCAGUGUAUCAUACAGCCGAUAUGGUCGAGUAUCUCCGAUGACUACCGCUUUUGGUAUAAAUUACAUCGAAUUGUGUUUUGUGAAGGUGUCCUGCCUAUCGUCUGCUUGAUAUUUCUCUCUCAGAAAUUACUACUGAAACUGAAAAUCCAUUGUCUUAUUGUCCAAGCUAUGCGACAUGAUGUUUCUUCAGGUCAAGGAUUGCAUAACACCCUCCAAGAGGUAUUCAACAAUACACUAAGCGAUAGUAACAAUAACCUGAAGAUUCUCUAUAUUUAUACACUGGCGUUAAUUAUCUCUUCAACGGUGUAUUGUGUCUAUUACACUCUAAUCUAUUAUGUUUAUUCAAUGAAUAUUGAAUAUAAUAUACUGCGUUAUUACCUGGAUAAUAUCCCGACUGGAUUAUUAUUCAUCGAUGGAUUAGCUCUAGUCAUACGAACUAUAUCGUAUAACAUUUUUCUAAUUCUCUGGUACACGUAUAUCCCGGAGAUCAACCUGUUUGGACGCCAUCUAUGGUGUAAACUGGUCAUAGAGAUCUAUGCAACGUGUAGGCUUAUCUUUCGACGAUCCUCGGAUGCCUAUUCUCUACAGUAUGCGUCGAAAUCACAUCCUCAUCAGCAUCAGCAUCAUCAACAACAACAACAACAACUGCAUGCCCAUAGCCGUCAUAGUCAUCGUCAUCGGCAUCUUCGUAGGCGUCAGAGUCGUGGCGGCAGUCGUCCAUUUCCAUAUCUAUUAUCUUCUCUGAAUCAGACAUCUUUUCAAUCGUAUCAAUCGGAUUACUCACCGCCAGGUGAGCGUAAUCUGCCCAAAAAGAUGGAAUAUUAUUAUGCUAAGCUGAUGAAUCGAUCAAGGGAAGGCUUGGAGUCGUUGAAAUCUCGGUCAAAAUUGGCUGGACUACUGAGGCGGAAAUCAUCGAAACAGUUGGAGUGA